CUGAAAUUAAGUAAGGCGAAGUCAAUGGACCUCAGCAACUUCACACAUCCAUUAGGAUUUUAUAUUCGAGGCUUUUAUGCUUUGCAGAACACAGAAUACUAUUUUAUUUUUUUGUCAGUUGUCUACAUUAUUACACUUUUAGCCAAUUUUUUGAUAAUGUCCAUUAUCUUCUUUGCUGAAAGUCUGCAUACGCCUAAAUAUUUUGCAGUGUUUAGUUUGGCUGUUGUUGAUGUGAGCUAUAGUACUGCAAUAAUUCCAAAAGCAAUACAUACAUUUUUAUUUAAUUCUAGAUUUGUAUAUUUUGAUACAUGUUUAACACAGUUGUUUUUUGUGCAUUACUUUUGCUCAUUAGAGUCAUUUGCUCUUUGUGUAUUAGCAUAUGACAGGUUAAUUGCAAUAUGCUUUCCACUUCGAAGCAACAUACUGAAUUCAAACUCAAGAAUGACUCUGAUUAUUAUGAUAUCAUGGACAGUCCCGUUAGUUGUGGUAAUAAUCAUGGUUUCUUUAAUUCCACGUUUACCUUACUGUAAAACAACUGUUGUUAAUAGUUAUUUCUGUGAUCAUGGUCCUGUCUUUAAAAUAGCUUGUGGGGAUUACUCACCCAACUGGUUCAUGGCAUGCUUCUAUACAGUUGCUUGCUUUUUUGUUCCAUUUGCUUUUAUAGUAAUCACUUACAUAUUUAUUGUAAAUGCCCUUUUAAAGAUUGCAUCUUCGGAGAGCAGGUGGAAAGCAUUUAAAACAUGCAGCACUCACUUAACCCUUGUAACUAUUUUCUUCACACCUAUUUUAGUAACGUAUCUUGUAGCUUGGGUGAAUGUCAAUAUUGACACAGACACCAGAAUUCUGAAUACGUCGUUAUCAGCAACUAUUCCACCACUUCUGAAUCCAAUUAUUUAUACAUUAAAAACAGAAGAAAUUAUGGAGCAUAUUAGGAAAUUUGCCAAGAAGAGGAAAACCAAUGCUUUAUGUUAAUUAGCAAUUUAUACUGUAUGUUUAA